AUGGGCUUCAUCACGGGAUUUUUCAGUGGCUUCGCCCUCACUACAUCCAUCCUAUACAUCACCAUCCAAGUCCACAAGGAAACCCGCCUCGAGCAGCGUAAAGCCAUCCGCGAACAAGUGAACCAAAUAAACUAUCUCGCCGCCUCCGCCGGUGCAUACGACCGCCGCUUCGAACCUCAGUAUACCCCCCGCCGCCUCGAAGAGCGUCUAGCUCGACGAGAUGAGCAGCCGGACAUGAAGGAGGUCUUGAAGCACCGGUGGAACCAGGAGGUAGAGAAGUUAGCCCGAAAGGCACAUGAGACUCGGUGGGAGAAUGUGACGGACACAGCUGCUGAGGCGUGGAAGGCCGCGAUGAAGCUUUUGAAGAAGGACUAA